CGGCGGCCGUGGCCGCGAGGCCAGACCGCCCGGCGAGUGCGUGCUUUGUUCCCGCGCGGCGACCCCGCGUGGCCCCGCGGCCUCCCUGCGCCCCGCCCCGCCUAGCUGGAGGAGAGGGCGCGCGGCCGCCCGAGCGUUCGGCCGAGCCCGGACGGGGAGGAGAGAGAGCCCGCCAGGGACCGGGACGAGACCUGGACAGGACAGAGGAGGCCGCCGCAAUGCCUGACUCCCCCGCAGAGGUGAAGACGCAGCCCAGGGCCACACCUCCCAGCGUGCCACCCCCACCACCCGCUGCAUCCCAGGGCGCCACCCGCCCGCCUUCCUUCACAGCGCACACACAUGGCGAGGACGGGCCUGCGAUGUCUCUGCCCCAUGGCCGUUUUCAUGGCUGCUUAAAGUGGUCCAUGGUCUGUCUCUUGAUGAAUGGUGGCAGCCACUCACCGACGGCCACACCCAAUGGCUUCAGCAAUGGCCCGGCUACCUCAUGCUCAGCCACAUUGUCCACACAGCACCUGCCACCAGCCUGUGGGGCCCGGCAGCUCAGCAAGCUGAAGCGCUUCCUCAGCACCCUGCAGCAGUUCGGCAGUGACAUCUCACCUGAGAUUGGGGAGCGUGUGCGCGUGCUGGUGCUGGGGCUGGUGAACUCCACGCUGACGAUUGAAGAAUUCCACUCCAAGUUGCAGGAGGCCACCAAUUUCCCUCUGCGGCCAUUCGUCAUUCCCUUCCUGAAGGCCAACCUGCCCCUGCUGCAGCGUGAGCUGCUGCACUGCGCCCGCCUGGCCAAGCAGACACCUACCCAGUACCUGGCACAGCACGAGGAGACACUGCUGGACGCCAGCACCAGCUCCCCAGGAGACUCCGAGCUCCUGCUGGAGGUGAAUGAGCAUGGCAAGAGGCGAACACCCGACAGGACCAAAGAAAAUGAGUCAGACAAUGACCCGCCACACUCCGAGCACCUCGGCAAACGGCCCUGCACCCUGAGCCCUGCCCAGCGCUACAGUCCCAGCAACGGACUGCCACCCCCCAUGCCACCACCACACUAUCGCCUGGAAGACAUGGCCAUGGCCCACCACUUCCGCGACCCCUACCGACCCUCUGGUCCCCGGGAGCUGCGGGACCAUCACCGGCAGCUUGCAGUGCCUGGGUCCCGGCAGGAAGAAGUAGUCGACCACAGGCUCACGGAACGCGAGUGGGCAGAAGAGUGGAAACAUCUCAACAACCUCCUGAACUGCAUCAUGGACAUGGUGGAGAAGACACGGCGCUCGCUCACAGUGCUCCGACGCUGCCAGGAGGCCGACCGCGAGGAGCUCAACCACUGGAUCCGGCGCUACAGCGAUGCUGAGGACGGGAAGAAGGGCUCGGCACCCACCCGGACCCUUGGCAGCGCUUCUGGCCCUGAGGGCUCUCAGCUAGACCUGCGCCGGGAGCCCACGCCCAGGGCACUGUCCAGCUACAUGCCGGAGGAGAUCUGGAGGAAGGCUGAAGAGGCAGUGAAUGAGGUGAAACGUCAGGCAAUGUCAGAGCUGCAGAAAGCCGUGUCAGAUGCUGAGCGCAAAGCCCAUGAGCUCAUCACCACAGAGCGUGCCAAGAUGGAGCGGGCCCUGGCUGAGGCCAAGCGCCAGGCCUCCGAGGAUGCCCUGACGGUAGUCAACCAGCAGGAGGAUUCCAGCGAGAGCUGCUGGAACUGCGGACGGAAGGCCAGUGAGACGUGCAGCGGCUGCAAUGCGGCGCGCUACUGCGGUUCCUUCUGCCAGCACAAGGACUGGGAGAAGCACCACCACGUGUGCGGCCAGAGCCUGCAGGGCCCUGCUGCCGCUGUUGCUGACCCGCUGCCCAGGCAGCCGGACAUCACUGCCAGCCCUAGUGAGGCAGGCUCCGCGGGGCCCUCUCGCCCUGGCUCCCCUGGCCCCCCUGGCCCACUGGAUCCCUCUGUGCCCCGCUGACCCCCAGAUCCCACCACUUGGCCCGUGGAUGCCGUGCCCUGCCAGCCCCUAGCCCAGUCUGGCCUACAGCCACUGCCCACCUGGCCAGCCUGCAGGAGUCGCUGCUGCUACUGCUUCUGCCCAAAAGCAACACAGAGCCAACCGGAGCUGCACAGCAGCCUCCUCAGCUACCUGACGUGACCAUCCACCACGACCUAAGGACCUCUACCCGGCACCCUCCCAAGCCAGCGACCCAGCUCCAGCAGCAGUGGCGCCAGUGGGGUGUGCCUGGCCGUCCAACCCCGUCCUGUGUCUGUCUGUCUGUCUCCUGCUGUCUCUUGUCUUUGUUCUGUCUCUACGACUUCUAUAUGCUUUCCCUAUCAUGAAAGCCUAACUGGUGGCUUGUGUUUUCAGUGAAGAAUUUGGAGAUUUCGUUUUGUUGGCAAAACAGCUACUCAGAAAUGGACAAAGAUGACCAUAAGGUUCUCCCCCUUCCUUAUUAAAAGGGGGAAACUGAUUUUAUAUUUAGAGACCUGAGCUCACUGUGUCACCUGGGCUACCCCAGGUGUCACCGGCAGAUGCAGUCCACACGGUGAGGAAGAUUUCAGUUUCCAACUCAAGUAUUUUUGGUUUCAGGUUAUUGUGGUGUUUUGUUUUGUUUUGUUUUGUUUUGUUUUGUUUUGUUUUGUUAAUGUCAAACUCUUUGGCUUUAAGUAAAAAUCCAAAAAGGUUUUUU